ACAUCAGAUGCAAUUGUCGAAGUGCUUCAUCCACAACAGAGGUCACAAACAGACAGGUACAACCGUUACGCGUUUAUACUAUUACAAAAACAUGAAAUAAAACGAUGGGAGGAGACCACGGCAGUAAAUUAAACCUGCCAGACUCGAAGCAGUGGCAGGUCGAGGGAACGCCUCUGGAGUUCACACGGCAGAGGCUGGCAGCUAGAGGACUGAAGGACCCAUGGGCACGUAACGAGGUGUGGAGGUACGUGGGAGGCUUCAGUCGUCCUGUAUCCCUGGGAGACGUGAUGCUGAGGGGCUUUAAAUGGGGCUUUGCUGCCUUCGCUGUGGCUCUGACUGUAGAGUACGCUCUCUUCCCCCCAAAGAAGUCUGACCACUGACCUUUAACCCCAGAACACGACCGUAUCAGAUGUUUUUUCUGUAAUAAUAAAUGUUGAGUGUUUUCAUCCACUAAA